GAAAUCCCCGCCCUCACCCAAAUAAUGUGUUUUGGAAAUAAUUGUAUAUUCACAACGAAGGAAGGCUUGUGUAUUCCUCAUAAUUCUUACAUCAGAAAAUAAUUCUAAGACACAUUCGAUGUUAAAGACUAAAAAUGUGUAUUCAAUGUACCUUGAAGCAGCGCAUUGAUGAAUGCAGUAAUACAGUAGAGAAGGAAGCUAUAGAGACACUUUUAUCAAUAGGCAAUGUUCUCAAUUCUAAAGACUACUGUGAAGUGUACAAGGCACGUCAAACAGGUUCUAUGAAGACAUGCAUACAACCAACUCCUUCACCCAAAAAAGAAUCUAAGCUUGCCAUGCUUUUGAAGGAAGGAAAAAUAAAUGACAACGAACUUCCAUUUAAUUGUCCAAGUCUUGUACCGAAAAUAGUAAACAGUGCCGUAAGUGAGACAGGAAAUUCCAAGAUAUCUGAGGUGACAAACAAUGGAUAUGCAUUGAAUUCUCAGUCAGUGCUGAACAACAACAUUUUAAGAAAUAGUCCACUUAACAUUAAUACAUUGAGUACUAAUCUACCCAAAAAAUCAACAGUCAUCAAUAAUAGUUCUUCACAGCCACUUGUUCAGGUCAUUCUCAUUAACAACAAUACAGUUCAGCCACUGCAGCAAGCCAUGACAUGUAAAGCCUGGUUAGAUAAACUUUGUCCUAUUGCACCAGCUCCACCUCCAGGAAACAUGACUGUGGAUGAUAUCAUUAAUUCUAACACUGGUAGAAGGAGGAAUUAUGCAUGUACAUAUGAUAGUUGUGGGAAAACAUACUUCAAGAGCUCACAUCUCAAAGCCCACCAUCGGACACACACAGGUGAGAAGCCUUUUGAGUGUGAUUGGGAGUCCUGCAAUAGAAGAUUUGCAAGGUCUGAUGAACGUUCUCGACAUCGCAGAACACAUACAGGAGAGAAAAAAUUCACAUGUGAACACUGUGAAAGGCGAUUUAUGAGAAGUGAUCAUUUGGCUAAACAUUUACGCAGACAUGCAAGUAAAAAAGGAUCAAUAUCAUCAGACAAUAGUUCAGCUUCACUUAUGUCAUGGAGCUCAUCUAGAUCAUCCACCAGGACAUGGCAUUCAUCUGUAUCAGAGGAGAGUUCAGGGUCAUGGCAAAAUGAUGAGGAUAGGUCAGAUGAUAACCAAUCAGUUGAUUCAUAUGAUUCCUCAUCAGUAGGAAGUGGGUGUGGUGACAUUAUUGUAACCCCCAUGGAAGUGACUGUGUAGCACGCUGUGUAGCAAUGAUCAUUUAGGUCUUUAAUAACUAUCCCAGUGAAAACAAGCAAUAUUUUUUGUAUAAAUAAUUUGUGAAUGUUUGAUUAUAUUAACAAACUUUUUGUGAAAAGUUGAUUUGUUUUAAACAAAACUAAAAAGUUAUUAUUUAUGGCAUACAAUGUAUAUUCCCAUGACAGAGAAUACGGGCAUGUUUAACAUGUUUAACGUGAAAUUUGUGUAAAUGUUAAUGUGCAUUCUUUGGUGUUUCAAUUGUUGGCAUGAGGAACAACAUCUAAUAAUUUGAUAUUUAAAAACUGACAGAAAUAAGUUCAUGUACCUGUUCAGGUAAUGAUGUAUUGCCAGAGGCAGGUAAUAGUUUUGUCAUAUGACUGAUAAAAUAUUAAACUAAAAUGUCAGAAAUGUUAAUUGUUUAGAUUUAAUCUAAAGGAAAAUCUUGUAUUGAAACUUUUUUAUCAAUUUAUAAUUAGUAAACAUUGUAAAAUGUAAUAUUUUCAAAAAUGAAAUGCCACAUUUUAGAGGCAUUAAUAUCAAAAAGUUUACCUGUAUCAGGUGUAACCAUAAAUGAACUUCCUGUAAGGAAGUAAAGGAAUACAUUUAUUGGAAAAGAACCAAGAUACAUAUAUAAAAUUAAUAGUGCUUUCAUUGCUGUUCCCACAACUUUGUAUUUGGAAUUUUUUACACUAGAAUUGAAUCCUCAUAGAUUUAUUAAAGGACCAAGAUACUUAAUAAAAGUUCCAUCAGAAAAAAAAAAUCUGUUGACCAUUUUGAUGUACUAAAUAGUCUAAGCAUGAAAGUUUUUUGUACUUUUUACCUAGACUAAAUGGAAUUAGUUGUUGAGUGAGAUUUGUGUGUAUGUAAGGUUGUUAGAUGGUUGUAUAUUUGUAUAAUUAUAUUAUAAAUAUUGUGUAAUAUAAAAUACUGAAUUCUACAAUUAGAUCGUUUAUAAAAUUUAAAUUUACAAAAUGUUUAUGCCCUAGAAGUAUUCAAGGCGGAAGCCGUAAUGGUUUAUGUUAAGUGCAACGCAAAUGGCAAUGAAGUUAAACUGAAUGAAAGUAAACUAUGGCUUUUUAAUUUAUGGCAAAUUUUCAGUUCUAUGAAUGUUGUGAACUAAUCACAGUUGAUAAGAUUAAUUUUUUUGACAUUUUUUUUGGUGUAAAAUUUUAAUGGCCACCGACAUAUCUCUUCCUUUAAUAUGUUUUUUUUACUUGCGUGUUUCUCAUAAUUUUUUAUUUGAUUUUCAUAUUAAUUGAUGGUGCUAUCGAUAUAUCAUUCCCAUUACUUUUUCAGAAGUAUAAACUUCAAACUAGUAUGUUUCUUUUUUUUUUAUCAGUAUAACUAGACUAGGGCUAGAAACAGAAUAAAUGAAAUAAUGUAAAUACAUAAAUUUGUAAGUGCUCUGGACACCCUAACAGACACUGUACUGUGUUUAAUGUGAGCAUUUAUUGUUGCAUCUCUUUGACAGGUAUAAAUAAUGUUAUUCCUGAACAUGUUGAAGUAGAAAAUAAACAGCAAAAAUACAACUUUUAGUAUGUUAUGUCAGUCCGUUCAGAGGUUGCCUAAUAUUAAAACAUUUAAUUUUACGGAGUUUCUGAAUUUACAGAAAUGAUAACUUUUAAAAAGAUCUUGUAAAAUUUUUUCAAUACAUGAUGAGUUUGAGAAAAGAUGAAUGUUUAUAAAAUACUUUAUACUGUUUCAGGAUGUUGUCAUUAUAUAUCGUUUGUAUGUAGUACUCGUGUUUUCUUAAAACUCAGGAACUCAUUCAGAAGUUCAAUUUUUAGUUUAUGUAACGUCAGUGUAAAAAAAUUUGUGAAGUACAUUGACAUAAAAUGUAUAUAGUAUCCAUGCAUUUCUAGUCCCUCUGAGCAAAAUUUUUGUCAAGUUUUUAUAUUUUCUGUAAGGUAUCUUGAUGAUUAAAAUUUUUACAAGUAAUACUAGGUAUAUGGGUUGCUUUUGCUUAAGCAUUUGAGUUUCAACCAGAAUGCAAUGCUCUUUUCCAUAAGAUAAAUGGAUGUUUUGUCAAAUAUCAAGUUUACUAACUUAACGCAUUUACGAAAAAAUAAUUGCAACAUGUAUUUGGAUUAGCAUUUAUGCAUGUUAAUUGCACAUAUUCUAGAAGGCUUACUUCUCCUUCAAAAUUCAGCAACUUGCAUGUAAAAGAAAUUGCUUAGGCCAACAAAUAUAGUUUUCUUGGGUUUCCUGCCUCCAUACAAAACACUGAAUUUUAAUGCCUACCCUAAACAUUAAUUGGACAGUUUUGGUUAAGCACUGUGUAUGUCAGUUUUUGGUUGAGAACCCUGAGCAUCCCUAUAAACAUUGACAAAUGAUUGAUAUAGUGAUUAGUUAAAAAAAUAAUUGAAAUAAGAAUAGAGGUAGUACUCUGUUUUUGUCGUUUCCAUGAUCAUAUCAAUGCAAUGUUUAGAUUUAGGUCCCAUUUUGAAGUUAUCUGGUCUCGUGUUCAUGUUGAUUUUUAUUGUGUGUUUGUAAAAGAUAUAUGUUAUUUAUUAAUUUGAUGCAAUGCAAACUAUUUAUUAUUUUUCUUUAAUUAAAUUGAUUACAUUUUUA